AUGGCCUCCAGUAUCUCGGUGAGAAGUUUCUCCAUCAACCGCCAGCCUUCCUUCUCCAGCCGCUCCCUGAUGGACACCGGCAGGGCUCGCUCCCGGGCCUCGGUCUCCUUCGCCGCGGCCGGCACCCUGAGCCGCUCGGCCUCCAUCGGCCAGGACCUCAACGGGCCGAUCAGCCUCCCGCUCAACGGGCUCCACGGCAACAGCACCAACGAGAAGGAAGCCAUGCAGAGCCUCAACUCCCGCCUGGCCAACUACCUGGACAAGGUGCACUCGCUGGAGCGCUCCAAUGCCGACCUGGAGAUGAAAAUCAAGCAGCUGAUGCUUGACCGCAUUCCCAAAGGUCACGACCUUGAUUCCAUGAUGGCUCAGGCUCAUGCUGUUGAGCAAGAGGUGAGGAAGAAGACCUUGGAAAAUGCUCGGCUCAUGUUAGAGAUCGAUAACGCGAAACUGGCUGCUGAUGACUUCAGAAUCAAGUGGGAGACCGAGAUGGUGAUGUGUCAGUCUGUGGAGCGAGACUGUGUCGCCCUGAAAAAGGCCAAGACGGACCACGAGCAGAUCAUUUCUUCUCUGAGGGGAGACUUGGACAGUCUGAAAGAAGAGCUGUACUUCCUGAAGAGAAACCACGAAGAGGAGCUCGAGCAGAUGAAGUCCCGCAUCGCCCGAGACGAGGUGAACGUGGAAGUGGACUCCGCCACGGGGCCGGAGCUGGGCAGCAUUCUGUCUGACCUCCGCUCGCAGUACGAGGGCAUCGUGAAGAAGAACAAGGAGCAGGCCGAGCAGUGGUACCGCAAGAAGCUGGAGACGGUGCAGAAUGAGGUGAAAGAGAGCAACGAGGCCCUGAGGGGAGCCCAGGGCGAGCUGACCGAGAGGCAGCGCUUCCUGCAGACCCUGGAGGUGGAGCUGGAGAGUCUGCACAAACAGAUAGCAGCUCUGGAGGUGAACCUGGGCGAGACUGGCCAGAAGUAUUCCUCCGAGAUGGAGCGGCUGCAGGCCACCCUUAGCCACAUGGAGGACGACCUCUCCCAGCUCCGGCUGGACAUGCAGCGCACCAAGACCGACUACGAGCAGCUCCUCCGCAUCAAGCAGAACCUGGAAAUGGAGAUCGCCACCUACAGGCGCCUGCUGGAGGGAGAGGAAACAGUCAAAGAAGUUGUUCCUCCACCGAAAAAGGAGCCUGACGUCCGCACCAGGAAGAUCGUGAAGGUGGUGACUCAGACGAUGGUCAACGGGAAGGUGGUGGAUGAGUCCAGCGAGGUGGAGCAGAUCGAGGAGACGAAGAAGUAGACGGAAGAAAGUCUUUGAGGAAAAAGCAAAGGGAAAUAAUUACAAAGGAGGGGAAGUUUAGUGUCAUUACAUAUGAAUUACUUUGUUUCAGCGUCAUUCAGUUUUACAGAAAAAUGUUUCGGAUGAUGGAUUUUGUUGGUGUCACUUGGUCCCGUUCUGUAUUUUCAGAGAAAUGCCUCUCAACAUGUUUAUCAGUCAGAUUGCGUUUUUUUUUUUUUUUUUGUUCUUUUACAAGCAUAGCUAUUAACAAAUACGUAAAUACUGCAGUAACCACGCAUGAAAUGUAAUGAAAAUAGUUACGUGUGUGUAAAAAAAACUAACUUGUUUUAUCAACAAAAAAUGUAAAGUUAAAUAAGGUAUUUAUUUCCUAGAGUGGUAAAGUCUUUAACUCAAUUGAAGUUUUUUUUUUCUCUUUAGAGAAUACUUUUUUUUCCUGUUUUCUUGUUUGUACUCUGAAUAAAACAUAUCUAUAUCUA